AUGCAGUUCGACCCGCGCGAGACUUUGGCCAUGGCUGCCGAGCCCUCGAGGCCAGAGGGCCAAUCCUCUGACGAAACGAAUCCCGCCAACACCGAAGUACCCGUCACGCCCACCUCGCACACCGCCGGUGUCUCUGCCUACGUUCAACCCGACGCGCCCCGCGACCAGCCUCCGCUGCCAUUCGACCCCGCGAAGGUUCCUUCCGGCCCGAAUUGGAACCCCAACUCGAUGCACGCCUCCGACGAUGAUCGCGCGAGCUCGCCCACCGACGUUGCCGCCGGCGCGAAGAGCCCGGAGGAGAUUCUGAGGAGGCUCAGCCGUCCUACCUUGGACUCGGCGGAGAAGGCCGAUCUGGCAGAUGUCGAUCCAAAGGCGGCCCAUCCCAACCUGAACCUCAGCGGCCAUGUCAUCAGUGCCACUACCUGCGUCCCGUACAGCAUCGCCUACUCGCCGGGCAAUGAUUGGGAGCUCCGCUCCAGGCGCGGCACUUCUGCCUUGUUCGACUCCUUCUCUUAUCUCGCCUCCGCCUCUUCGCCUUGGAAUCACACUCUGGUUGGAUGGACUGGCGAGAUCAAAGUUGCUCCGAACGCCCAACCUAUCCCUGGUGACACCGCCGCGGGCCCCAAUGCCAGCACCCCGUUAAACAAGGCCUCCGCACCCAUCCCUGUCGAUGCAGACGCGAAGCCCCAGCAGCCAGCUCAGGAGGGUAUCAGCGUAGACCGGGAGCAUCGCCUGCGUCUGGAAAAGCAGCUCGAGCGUGAUCACGGCGGCAGGAUAGUGCCCGUGUGGCUCUACGACGAGCUUCACGAAGACGAGGAUGUGGUCGUCCUGAGGGACCAGUCUCGCUGGCGCCAGUUUGCCGACAAGGAGCUGUACACCCUCUUCCACUACAAGCAAAACGAACCUGCCGACGGGCGUGCCGCACGCAAGGCCUGGGCCGACUACUACCGCAUGAACAAGAUGUUCGCCGACAAGAUUCUCGAGAUAUACAAGCCCGGCGACAUCAUCAUGAUCCACGACUACUACCUUCUCCUGCUUCCCAGCCUCCUCCGUCAGCGUCUGCCGAACGUUUAUAUUGGCUUUUUCCUGCACAUCCCCUUCCCCAGCAGCGAGUUCUACAGGUGCCUGAGCCGUCGCAAAGAGAUCCUCGAGGGCGUUCUCGGUGCGAACAUGGUCGGCUUCCAGUCGUACAGCUACUCGCGCCACUUCUCGUCCUGCUGCACACGCGUCCUCGGAUUCGACUCAUCUUCCGCUGGCGUCGAUGCGUACGGCGCCCACGUGGCCGUGGAUGUGUUUCCCAUCGGUAUAAAUGCGGCUGCCACGCAACGCGUUGCUCUCUAUGACGAAGCCGUCACCGAGAAGGUCAAAGCGAUCCGUGAACUUUACGCGGGCAAGAAGCUCAUCGUCGGCCGCGACAGGCUCGAUGCCGUCAGGGGUGUUGCACAAAAGCUGCAAGCGUUCGAGCUGUUCCUCGAGCGCUAUCCGGAGUGGCGGGAGAAGGUGGUCCUCAUCCAAGUCACUAGCCCGGCGACUCACCAGGCGACCAACAACGACGAUGACAAGUUUGUCAACAAGAUCUCCGACCUCGUCUCCAGAAUAAACGGUGCCCACGGCAGUCUCAGCUUCGCUCCAGUCCAGCACUUUCCUCAGUACCUGUCCAAGGAGGAGUACUUUGCCCUUUUGCGCGUUGCCGACGUCGGUCUCAUCACCAGCGUCCGUGAUGGUAUGAACACCACCAGCAUGGAGUAUGUCAUUGCACAAAAGGAAAACAAAGGUCCUCUAAUCCUUUCCGAGUUCUCCGGUACCGCUGGCAGCCUGGGCAGCGCCAUUCACAUCAACCCUUGGGACCUCGGCGGUGUCGCCGAUGCCAUCGACCGGGCUCUUACCAUGACCGACGAGGAGCGCGAAGACCAGCACGAGCAGCUCUACAAGCACGUCGUCACAAACAACGUGCAGGCGUGGGUCAAUAGCUACUUGCGUCGUCUCAUGACCAACCUUUCGUCCUUCGACCAGUCAUUCGCCACGCCGGCGCUGGAUCGGGCGAAGCUUCUGUCUCAGUACAGGAAAGCCAAAAAGAGGCUAUUCAUGUUCGACUACGAUGGCACGCUUACUCCGAUCGUGAAAGACCCUCAGUCUGCAAUCCCGUCCGAUCGGGUCAUCCGCACAAUCAAGACGCUCGCCUCUGAUCCGAACAACGCGGUGUGGAUCAUCAGCGGGCGCGAUCAAGCAUUCCUCGACGAGUGGAUGGGGCACAUCACCGAGCUUGGCCUCAGUGCUGAGCACGGCAGUUUCAUCCGCCACCCCAAGAGCGAAAUCUGGGAGAACCUCACGGAGAAGACCGACAUGAGCUGGCAAUCGGAAGUCAUGCAUGUCUUCCAGCACUAUACGGAGAGAACCCAGGGCUCCUUCAUAGAGAGGAAGAAGAUCGCCCUGACCUGGCAUUACCGCCGAGCCGACCCCGAGUAUGGAGCGUUCCAAGCUCGCGAGUGCCAAAAGCAUCUCGAGUCGACCGUUGCCAAGAAGUUCGAGGUCGAGGUCAUGACCGGCAAGGCUAACCUCGAGGUUCGCCCGAGGUUCGUGAACAAGGGCGAAAUUGCAAAGCGCCUUGUGGCCGAGUAUGGCGACGCCCCUCCCGAGUUCAUCCUGUGCUCGGGAGACGACUUCACGGACGAAGACAUGUUCCGCGCUCUUCGCGGCUCGAAGCUACCGGAGGAUCACGUCUUCUCUGUGACUGUUGGUGCUAGCUCGAAGCAGACGUUGGCGUCCUGGCACCUGUUGGAGCCGGCGGAUGUCAUCUCGUGCGUUGCACUCCUCAACGGAUCCGCCGAUGCCGGUAACAUUGGCGCCGUCGCCGUCGUCGAUGGCACUAUCCCUGAAUCUCGACUCUGA